AUGGAUGGGGCGAGCCUCCCCUCCGGCGACGCGACGCAAUCCCUGUUCCGACUUCGACUCGGGAUUUUUUACGACGCAAGAUCUCCGUCAUUUUUGACAAGGAGACGGCCAUCAGCCGAGAGCGGCGGAGAGCGGCGCCGCCGAGUCGCCCGGGUACCCGGCCCAAUCUCCGAGCAUCCAAGUUUACGCGGCACCCCGCUGGCGAUGCUCGCGGCGCAGUGCAACAAGCUGUCGAGCAAGUCACCGCCCCCGCUGGCCGACGCGGCGGUGGGCAAAGGGUUCCAUCCGUGGAAGAAGAGCCCGGGAGCCCAUUCGCCGCCCGGCGCGGGCUCCGCGCCGCGCUCCCAGCCGCCCCCCUGCGGCCCGUACGCGCGCGGCCCCGCGACCUGCGCCGCCGCGCCCUCUUACGGCAACGACCUCUACUUCCCCUCCUCCGGCGACCAGUUGCUUGGCAAAAGCGAGUCCAGUGCCAGCCUCGGCUCCAUGUACUCCCGGCACCCGUACGAGUCGUGGCCGUUCAACGUCGGCGGGGGCGGGGGCAGCGGCGCCCUUAAAGCCGCCGAGAUGGGCGGCGUCAGCGCGGUCGGCAGCGCUUGGUGGGACGUGCACGGCGGCUGGCUGGAUGUUGGCGGACAGAUGGCCAACUACGCCGGACAAGACUACUCGCAACUGACACAUUCCUUAUCGGGCGGCGCGCACUUGCUGCCACCGGCACCUCACCUGCUGCAGGACGCUUACAAGUCGGUACUGCCGACGCAGGGCUCGUUCGGGCUGCAUACGCCGGGCUCGCCUGCGCCGCCCGCCCAAGCGCCCUCGCCACGCUCGCAGAGGCGCUACGCGGGCCGCGCCACCUGCGACUGCCCCAACUGCCAGGAGGCGGAGCGCCUAGGCCCUGCUGGGGCGCACCUCCGCAAGAAGAACAUACACAGCUGUCACAUACCCGGCUGCGGCAAGGUCUACGGGAAGACGUCCCACCUGAAGGCGCACCUGCGCUGGCACACCGGCGAGCGCCCGUUCGUCUGCAACUGGCUGUUCUGCGGAAAGCGCUUCACCCGCUCCGACGAGCUGCAGAGGCACCUGCGCACCCACACGGGCGAGAAAAGAUUCGCGUGUCCCGUGUGCAACAAGAGGUUUAUGCGCUCCGACCACCUCGCGAAGCACGUGAAGACGCACAACGGCGGCAAGAAGGGCAGCUCGGACUCGUGCUCGGACUCUGAAGAGAACAGCCAGGGUGAGGGCGGUGCGGGGGGUAGGUCGCCCGAGCACCAGCUCGACGUGAAGCCCAGUGCGCUCGUG